AUGACUAUGGUGUGCAUUCUGCCCCCAAGUCAGAAAGUCCAAAAAAAAAUCAGUCACAGCAGCUAGCUUACCAGUUCCAGAGACUGCCUGAUACUCAUGGUGUGUCAGCCUUCGUGACCAUAUCAGGAACCCGGAACCCGCGCACCUGUGAGCUGACGUCACGCGCUGGGCUAAGUACCUGCGUACAGCUGAAGUCACUCAGUUACUGAAACUACCUAGAAGAGACGCGACGAAGAAGCAACGACGAAAAGGAAUAUAUCAAUAAUUAUUCUCACUGAGUUUUUCUUUUAACUUUCAUUGCGAGGAUCUUCCAAAGAGGAUUAAAUCACAGAUGGGGAGCGCUCGGUUCGCGGUUUUGGGCAUUUUAAUCGUCGUUUUUCAGGCCUUGACUUUAGUGUCUGCUGAGGAUCCAACAUGUGUACCUGGAUUCGAGUUGGAUAUGUUGACUUUCAAAGUGACCAGAAAGCACCUACGACAGGGCAUGAGGCUGGGCAAAGUGGGCUUCACUGACUGCUCAGAUCGCACAAGAUUUCUUUUCAACAGUGAUGACAGCCGUUUCAUGGUACAGACAGACGGCAUAUUGACAGUGAAGAGAGAGGUUGUUCUUCAUGACGGACACACAGAAUUCUUCAUCCACUCAUGGGACUCACAAGGUCGCAAGAUAACCGUUCCUGUCAGGGUAUUGCACCACGGGCAUCACCAUGGGCAUCACCAUGGCAACCACCACCAAAAUGUUGAGCAUCAUCAUGGAGACCACAAACACCACAACCAUCAGCACCAUCCUACUGAAGUAGACUCUGCAAAUAACACAGAGAGUGCAGCCGAUCCACAGGUGCCUGUUCUGCAUUUUCCCAAGUCUGGUGAAGGACUGAAGAGGAGCAAGAGAGACUGGGUUAUCCCUGACCUCAGUGUUACUGAGAAUGACAGAGGACCAUACCCCCUAAAAGUAUCUCAAAUCCGAUCCAAUGAAGAUAAAAUAAAGAAGAUCUAUUACAGCAUUACUGGUCCAGGAGCUGAUCAGCCUCCUGUUGGCCUUUUCAGCAUGGACAGAAACACGGGUAUUCUGUAUGUCACACAACCACUGGACAGAGAGAAGCAGGCCAAGUACACUUUUCAAGCACACGCUGUGGCAGAGGGUUCAGGAAAUGCUGAGGAGCCCAUGGACAUUAUAGUGAAUGUAAUUGACCAGAAUGACAACAAACCGACUUUUGAGAAAGACACCUUCUUAGGACAAGUUGCUGAGGCUUCACCGAUAGGUUUUGAAGUGAUUCAGGUCGUGGCUGUAGAUUUGGACCAGCCAAACACUGACAACUCGGAUAUCCGCUACCGUAUUAUGAGCCAGGACCCAGAGUUGCCCAGCAAAUCCAUGUUUGUCAUCAACGCAAACACUGGGGCCAUCAGAGUCAAUGCCCCUGGGCUAGACAGAGAGAAAUACCCAAAGUAUACUCUGGUGGUACAGGUAGCUGACAUGCUGGGAGAAGGGUUGAGUAACGUAGCCAAAGUAAUCCUCACUGUCACAGAUAGCAACGACAACGCUCCAGCCUUCACUCAGCCCUCCUAUGACGGAUCAGUUGCAGAAAAUAAAGUGGACGCUCUGGUCCUUACGAUGUCAGUAACAGAUGGUGAUGAGCCACAUUCUCCCGCCUGGAAUGCCAAGUUCAAGAUUGUUGAUGGUGAUCCUGGACAACUUUUCACUGUGAAAACAGGAACUAACAAACAUGAAGGAAUCCUCACUACUGCCAAGGGUCUUGACUUUGAGAAGAGCCGCCAGCACACUCUGUUGAUUGCAGUGGAGAAUGAGAUUCCUUUUGCUAUUUCGCUGCCCACUGCCACCGCCACCGUGGUGGUGAAUGUGCUAGACGUUAAUGAAGCUCCAGUCUUUGAUCCAGUGGAAAAGCUUGUGUCAAAACCAGAGGACCUUCCCAUUAACAGUGAAGUGGUGCAGUACACUGCCUCUGAUCCGGACACUGCACUCAAACAGACAGUCAUGUAUAAAGUAAUUAGCGACCCAGCGGGCUGGUUGACUGUGAAUAAAGAGACGGGCCUGAUUACAGUGAAGAGCAAGAUGGACAGAGAGUCCCACUUUGUACUAGACAACAAAUACACAGCACUCAUUGGUGCAUAUGACAAUGAUGAAGUCCCAGCCACAGGAACUGGUACUCUGAUCAUCCAGCUGGAAGAUGUUAAUGACAACGCACCCACCAUUGAUGAACGUGAAAUCACGGUGUGUAACAAGGAAUCGGCUCCUCAACUGCUGUCGGUAACGGAUAAAGACGGGCCAGGCUUUGCCGCUCCAUACAGAGUCUCUCUACAGGGCACGACUAAGACCAACUGGACUGCUAGGAUGAACGACACCAAAACGGGCAUCAUCCUGAGUUUAGUUACUGACCUGGCCAGUGGAGUGUACACUGUGGUCCUGAGAGUUGCAGACAACCAGGGCAUGGAUCAGGACAGCACCUUGAAGGCCACAGUGUGCGACUGCACUGGGGCAGACGUGCACUGCAGUGAUAUAAGGGAGGCAGGUGGCGCAAACCUGCCCGUUAUCCUGGGAAUACUGGGAGGCAUCCUGUUGCUGCUCAUGCUGGUGCUGCUGCUGCUGGUGUUUGCAAGACGGGGAAGAGCAGAGAAGAAGGAGCCUCUACUGCAGGAUGACGAUAUCAGAGACAACAUCUAUUACUAUGAUGAAGAGGGAGGCGGAGAGGACGAUCAGGACUUUGAUCUGAGUGUUCUCCACCGUGGUCUGGACAACAGGCCCGAGGUGUUCAGGAACGACGUGGUGCCAAACUUCAUGCCAGCUGCUCAGUACCAGUACCGGCCCCGCCCAGCCAACCCGGAUGAAAUCGGCAACUUCAUCGACGAUAACCUGAAGGCAGCCGACAAUGACCCGACAGCGCCCCCCUAUGAUUCCCUGCUGGUGUUUGACUAUGAGGGAGGUGGUUCUGACGCAGGAAGCCUGUCAUCUCUGAACUCGUCGAGUAGCGGAGACCAGGACUACGACUGCCUCAGUGAAUGGGGACCCCGCUUCAAGAAACUGGCAGACAUGUACGGAGGAGGAGAAGACGACAUGCUGUAAAUGUACCAAAGAACAAACAGAAUGGAUAGGCACAUAUGGCUGUGUAAACGUUAUAUUGAUGUAAGCAUGGACUGAUAAAUGAAUGCAUACUAGGGAAACUCCUCUCAGCCAGACAUCAACAGGCCCACAAAGGUUUCUUUCCUGUGUGUGGAUUGUGUUUUACCUGUCAGUGCAUUCCUAUUAGCAGUUAACAGCCACUGCUCAAAAGCCAAAGGAUGAGUUUGUUUGUUUUUUUUAUAGAAAACCCAUUUUGAAUGGUUUAGCUCUGUCUGUCUUUUAGAUCCCUGUUUGACUUGUAGGCUGAAGACUAAAGGUUUUUGUUUUUCUGUCCAUUGAGUUCUGGAGCCAUGUCAUCAGUCACAACGUUCAUUUAUGAAUUUUCUACAGAGUUCAGAUAUUUUUGCCUGCGUUGUAGCUUACUGGGUAACACUGGACACACGCAGAUGCUUGCACUGGUAACGUUGUGUAAUUUUGGCAAUGUAUGGUACUUUACAUUUUUUCUGUUUAUCAAGUUUCUACUACUGCUUCAGUUAAAUUUCAUAGUUGUGUAUUUCUGUUUGAGGAAUAAAAUGAUCAAGGUGAAAUGCAGGUAGCCAGCUAACUCCAUAUCACCCUCUGAGGGAGUGAUCAAUGAGUUAUCAAUAAAAGCUUUUUAAAAUGUU